UCCAGCAGUUCGUCGCGCAUGAAUAAAUUUAACCUCCUGUCUUACAGAGAGCUUAAGGAAAUGCAUGUUUAUAAAUAAGAACAGCAAGAUCUUAUGAGAACCGCUAUGUUGAAUGAAUAUUGGCUCCAAUGUUAAUUUCAUCACUUUCGGAUGGCUUCCAUAUUCAAGAAUCAAGUGCUAAAGCACUUAUCAAAGUUUGCCAAAAAUCUGUCCCCUGAUAAAUUACAUUUAAGUACUCUUAAAGGUCAUGGAGAACUGCGUAAUUUAGAACUAAAUGAAAAGGUGCUGACUGAACUCUUGGAGCUUCCAGCAUGGUUAUGUUUGACUAAAGCGACAUGCAACCAUGUUACAUUACAGAUAUCAUGGACAAAAUUGAAAUCUGUUCCCAUAUAUUUGGUAAGUUAUUCUUCUUGAAAACAGUAAACAAAAU